GCGAACAUGGUUUACACCUGUAGUGGAAAAAGUAUUCAGAUCUAUUAUUUGGGUAAAAGUUCUAAUACCACACUGCACUACAAAGAAGCUGAAGCUGACAUGGCUCCAGAAAAGGACAGUAAUGGCCUUGACAACUAUGCAUUUGCACUUGAAGGUCGCUUUUGUGAUCUACCUGACUCAAAACAUGGAGAAGAAAUGGACUCGUCCUUGGAGGGAGACAACAACAAACUAGCGUACUGCGUGACAGAUGUUCCUCCCUGGUACCUGUGCAUCAUUCUCGGCAUCCAGCACUGUUUGACAGCGUUUGGAGGAAUCAUUGCCAUCCCGUUAAUCUUAUCUCAGGGGUUGUGUCUACAGUUUGACGGCCUCACACAGAGCCACCUCAUCAGCACCAUCUUCUUCGUCUCUGGGAUUUGCACUCUGUUGCAAGUGACCUUCGGCAUUAGACUGCCAAUUCUCCAAGGUGGUACAUUCACAUUGUUGGCACCAUCCAUGGCAAUGCUGUCCAUGCCAGAGUGGACGUGUCCUGCUUGGACCCAAAACGCCAGCCUAGUCAACACGUCCUCCACAGAGUUUAUGGAGGUGUGGCAGAGUCGAAUGAGAGCACUGCAGGGCUCCAUUAUGGUGGGCUCCCUCUUCCAGGUGUUUGUGGGUUUCUCUGGCCUCAUCGGCCUCUUCAUGCGCUUCAUUGGACCUCUCACCAUCGCUCCCACCAUCUCUCUCAUUGGACUGUCCCUGUUUGACUCAGCUGGUACCAGUGCUGGCAACCACUGGGGCAUUUCUACCAUGACGACAGCACUGAUCAUCAUGUUCUCUCAGUACCUCCGUCACAUCGCUGUGCCCUUUCCUACAUACAGCAAGGAGAAAAAUCUGCACACCUCCCGAGUCUACGUCUUUCAGAUUCUCCCUGUGUUGCUGGGAAUCACUUUGUCUUGGCUCAUCUGCUACAUUUUGACAAUCUACAAUGUAUUUCCUACUGAAGCAGACCGGUAUGGAUACCUUGCCCGCACUGAUCUAAAGGGAGACGUUAUGAGCCAAGCUCCCUGGAUCAGUUUUCCGUAUCCAGGUCAGUGGGGGAUGCCGACUGUGAGCCUGGCGGGGGUCGUCGGCAUCUUGGCUGGUGUGAUUUCCUCCAUGAUCGAGUCUGUGGGCGACUAUCACGCCUGUGCCAGGCUGUCUGGGGCUCCACCUCCCCCUAAACAUGCUAUCAACAGGGGGAUCGGCAUCGAGGGCCUGGGCUGCCUGCUGGCUGGAGCCUGGGGAACAGGAAAUGGUACCACUUCAUACAGCGAGAACGUUGGAGCCCUCGGGAUUACAAAGGUUGGCAGUCGUAUGGUGAUAGUAGCCAGUGGAGUCUUAAUGGUUGUCAUGGGUGUGUUUGGUAAAGUGGGCGCCAUAUUCACCACGAUCCCGUCGCCUGUGGUUGGAGGCAUGUUCAUGGUCAUGUUUGGUGUCAUCUCUGCAGCAGGAGUUGCUAAUCUGCAGUAUACAGAUAUGAAUUCUUCUCGAAACAUCUUCAUUUUUGGCUUCUCCAUGUUCUCCGGUCUGGUCAUUCCAAACUGGAUAUUUAAGAAUCCCAAAGCUAUUGCUACAGGUGUUGUUGAGCUCGACCAAGUACUGCAGGUACUUCUGACAACCAGUAUGUUUGUAGGAGGUUUCUUUGGUUUCAUACUGGACAACACAAUUCCAGGAUCAAAGCAUGAACGAGGCAUCCUGGCGUGGAACAAGGCUCACGAGGACGACUCCGGCAACACGCUGGAGAGCGGAGAAGUCUACAACCUUCCCUUCGGCAUCAGCUCCUACUUGUCUUCCUCCUCCUGGCUGCGCUACAUACCGUUCUGCCCUCCCGGAGAGCCCCGCUCCCUGGACGGAUGCAGAGCAGACACCAGUUCCCUGGAGCCGAAGCAGCCACUUGGAAACCCAGAGCCUUCACCCAUUAUCAUUGGAGUUGCCCUGUGAGUUGUGAACUCACUUCAUCAUGCCAUUUUGGGGAUUUCCCCCCCAAAAAACAACAAAAAAACAUCAGAGGCAGCUUAGUUUGGACCACCUGUCCUUUGUUAAAGACACUGUACUGUAACAACAUGGUGCAAAUGUGCUUUUUGGAGUCACAUUUGAAAAUGAUAUAUGGACUCUCUUAUAUAGGGAGGGGGUUGGGUUAGUGUUAGUUCAAGUCGAAUUUUUUUGUAAAUUAUUAAUGGUAAAAAGCAGAAAUUUAUAUAUAAUCUUAAAGACACUUUAUUAUGUACAGUAAUUUGUAUUCACAGAGUGUGCCACUUGAGUAUAAACGGUGAUUUCUUGGUUUGCUUUUGCUUUGUUUUAUUAGAUUCCUUUAGUUUUAUCAGUCUUACAAUGCAAUCACAACCAGGUGCUAGUGAAGAAACACUGAAGAAAGAUGUGAAUGUAAGAAGAUCCAUGAUGUUCCUCAGCAUAUAAAUCCAGCGUAUAGUUUCAUAUAUAUAUACAGUACCUCAUGUUUGAAUUAACUUUGCUAUGACAAUCAAUAUCUUAUUAAUUGUGUCAUAAUCAGUACCUGCACUUUACCUAUUUGUGGCAACAGUUUG